CCUGGACCCGGGCUCCAUCGGUAUUUCAAUCCCCAUUGCUCCGUACUCCGUAUCUUUCUUGCCACUGGGUAGGAUCUAGUAGACGCUCCAAGAAUCUUAUGUGGCCCAGUCUCUUAGCGUCGAACCUUUUUCCCUUCUACCUACCCCUAGGACGGCUCCCCCAUCUGGAUUAUAUAUCCAGCUAAGUGACAUCUACCCCGUCCUGUGCCCCAUAUCCUUCCUCCCACACUUGAGGGGACAAUGUCAUCCGAUCUCGGACUGCGACGAUUGUUGAUUCACUCGCGCCCCAGUGUGCUCCGCCAUGAUUGAAUUUAAGGGCCGCAGCGAGUCAAUAUUUGUUGUAACGGUGGUUUUCUUGGGGAUUUCGUUCAUAUCCGUGUGUCUACGAUGUUUUGUCCGGCUGAGACUGGUGCGGGCAUUUGGGUGGGAUGAUGCACUGAUGGUUUUCGCCAUGGCACUCGAGAUCUUGUUCGCAUUAUGUGGAAUCACCGGCUCGUUGUAUGGCAUGGGCCAAAAGCUCGAGCAGCUGGAACCAGGCCACCUUGAAACUGCUCUGUUUUGGUGGUGGCUUGGUCAAACGAGCUAUGUCGUGACUGUUGUCGUCGCAAAGAUUUCCAUCGCCUUAGCCCUCCUCCGUCUCACCGUUUCAAAAAUACAUACAAUUCUUCUAUGGUCCGUGGUCGGUGUAUCGAUCGUUGUGGGCUUAGUAUUCUGGUUUAUGUUGACCUUCGAAUGCAAGCCAGUGUCACAUUUCUGGCAACGCACCUCGCCCGGAUCCUGCAUGGCCACCGAUUAUCUUCUCGAUAUCGCCUAUGUGUAUAGUGUCACUGCCAUGCUCUGCGAUCUAAUAUUGGGACUACUGCCCAUCUUCUUGGUGUGGAAGUUACAGAUGAGCCGACAGACCAAGGCAGCAUUGGCGGGUAUCUUGAGCUUGGGUUGCGUAGCCAGCGCAGGCGUUAUUGUCCGCAUUCCUUUCCUCCCGACUUAUAAAGACACAGAGUUCCUCUACGCAACGACCCAAAUAUCCAUAUGGUCCAAUGUUGAAGCAGGCCUCGGAAUUACAGCAGGCUGCCUCGUCACCCUUCGUCCUCUAUUCCGCUGGUUGGGUGGAACUAGCUACACCCCCACACACAGCAAGAAAACAGCCGGGAGUAUGCCACUCUCUAGCAUGAACGGCCCUGGUAAACACUCGCGAAGCGAGCAUACGGCAAAUUCGACCAAGUUCUGGCGCCCGGACCUGGAUCCUGAAGACUCUAGGGCUGUCAUUACGACAGUGCAAACAGCCCAAGGAAGUCGGAAUAGCAGCCAGGAAGACCUCAAUCCGAAGCCAAGCGCAUGGAAUGGGGUCAAUGUACAAAAAUCAUUUGUUGUCACGUCGAAUGAGCUCGCGUCGUUUGACCCGCGUCGUGGUCAUUCGAGUCUCACCAUGGUAGGACUCGUUGAUGAUCCCCAGAUCAAAUACUCCUCGCUUCAUAACCCUCUUCCCACCCAACUACAUACCUAUGUGUGGCCGUUCCUAAUCAUCUGGCCGGCCUUUCUGGCCUUCUAUCUCUCCCCUGAGCGCUAUGAUACGUACAUUCAAGGCCAGGAAUGGACCUUUGUGUGGGUUGGCUCGAUCAUCACGGUUCAGUCGCUUCUGUGGUUGAUGACGAAUUGGAACAUCAAUAUCCAGACCUUGUUCACUGCCACCAAGGCUAGAUCGGUUGACUCCGCUCGGCUCAUCAAGGUGAUUCCCGCAGCUAAUGCUGGUUCGGCUGAAGUCUGCCCAUUGAUCCUUGAUACAAGAGGAGGAAAGAAGACACUCUCUUUCUUGUUCCAGAAACGCCGGUUCCUUUACUAUCCCGAACGUCGAUGCUUCGCUCCCUUGUCGUAUGUCCUCGAUGCCGAUCCCAAGCCUGCGCUCAAGACCUUCCAGAAAAGCCAGGGCUUGACUACCAAAGAAGAGAUCGACCGCAUCCGGCUCUACUAUGGCGACAACACGUUCGAUAUACCUGUUCCCGGAUUUGUAGAAUUAUGGAAGGAGCACGCCGUUGCACCUUUCUUCGUUUUCCAAAUCUUCUGCGUGGGGCUAUGGAUGCUGGACGAAUACUGGUACUAUUCCCUGUUCACUCUCUUCAUGCUUGUCAUGUUUGAGAGCACAGUGGUGUGGCAACGCCAGCGGACUCUUAAUGAGUUUCGGGGAAUGAAUAUCAAACCGUACGAUGUGUGGGUCUUCCGCGAGAAGGAAUGGCAGAAAACCACUAGUGACAAGCUCUUGCCCGGUGACCUAAUGUCCGUUAACCGAACCAAGGAAGACGGCGGUGUGGCAUGUGACAUUCUUUUGAUCGAAGGCAGCGCAAUUGUUAACGAGGCCAUGCUCUCUGGAGAAAGCACGCCACUCUUGAAGGAAUCGGUUCAACUCAGACCAGGCGAUGACUUGAUUGAGCCUGAUGGAUUGGACAAGAAUGCAUUCGUACACGGAGGAACCAAGGUUCUACAGAUUACCCAUGCAAACACCACACCGGAUGAUGUUGCCAGCUCCAAGGAUGGUUCUGGGAUCCUGCCCACUCCAGAUGCUGGCGCACUUGGUGUUGUUGUGAAGACCGGCUUUGAGACAAGCCAAGGUAGUCUCGUGCGUACCAUGAUCUACUCUACCGAGCGAGUGUCCGCCAACAAUGUGGAAGCCUUGCUGUUCAUUCUGUUCCUGCUUAUGUUUGCCAUUGCUGCCGCAUGGUAUGUUUGGCAGGAGGGUGUGUUACGGGAUCGCAAGAGGUCGAAAUUGCUUUUGGACUGCGUCCUCAUUAUCACUAGCGUUGUUCCUCCUGAACUUCCCAUGGAGCUCAGUCUUGCUGUCAACACGAGUCUGGCCGCUUUGAGCAAGUUCGCUAUCUUCUGUACUGAGCCUUUCCGGAUCCCUUUUGCCGGCCGUGUGGAUGUUGCCUGCUUCGAUAAAACCGGAACUUUAACCGGCGAAGAUCUUGUCGUCGACGGUGUUGCCGGUCUCACUCUUGGUCAAGCAGGCGCAAAGGUUGAAAAGGAUGGGGCGCACACUGAACUUGCCAAGGGUGGCAAUAUCGGUGUCGAUACCACACUUGUUCUUGCAAGCGCUCACGCCUUGGUGAAGCUGGACGAAGGCGAAGUUGUUGGUGAUCCUAUGGAAAAGGCUACGCUGAAGUGGCUUGGCUGGACCCUGGGUAAGAAUGACACUUUGACGGGCAAGACCUCGCUACCCACGGGUGCUUCUCAGGCUCCCGAGGCCGUCCAUGUCAUCAGACGAUUCCAGUUUUCGUCCGCGCUGAAGCGUCAGAGCACCAUCGCCACGGUUGUCUUCGACGAUCGCAACACACACAAGAAAGUCAAGUCAACCUUCGUUGGUGUCAAGGGUGCGCCGGAAACCAUCAGAACUAUGUUGGUUGAUACCCCGCCGCACUACGAGGAAACGUUCAAGUACUUCACACGUAACGGUGCCCGUGUCCUUGCCCUCGCUUACAAGUACCUGUCUCAUGAGGCCGAAUUCUCUCGCGCUCGUAUCAACAACUACACCAGAGAAGAGGUGGAAUGUGACCUGGUUUUCGCUGGUUUCCUCGUCUUGCAAUGCCCGUUGAAGGAAGACGCUAUCAAAGCCGUGCGCAUGCUUAACGAGAGCAGCCAUCGCGUUGUUAUGAUUACUGGUGACAAUCCUUUGACCGCCGUGCAUGUUGCUCGCCAAGUCGAAAUCGUGGAUCGUGACGUUUUGAUUCUAGACGCACCCGAGAACGACACGUCGGGAACCAAAAUCGUUUGGCGUAGCAUCGACGACAAGCUCAACAUUGAUGUUGAUCCCACUCAGGAUCUUGAUCGCCGUAUCUUGGAAACCAACGAUAUCUGUGUCACUGGCUACGCCUUGGCUAAGUUCAAGGGCCAGAAGGCCUUGCCUGAUCUACUCCGCCACACCUGGGUUUACGCUCGUGUCUCUCCUAAGCAAAAAGAAGACAUCCUUCUCGGCCUCAAGGAUGCUGGUUACACGACUCUGAUGUGCGGUGAUGGAACUAACGAUGUCGGUGCCUUGAAGCAAGCCCAUGUUGGCGUUGCUCUUUUGAACGGUUCUCCGGAGGAUCUCGCCAAGAUUGCUGAACAUUAUCGGACGACUAAGAUGAAGGAAAUCUACGAGAAGCAGGUUGCUAUGAUGCAGCGCUUCAAUCAGCCUUCCCCACCUGUGCCUGUGCAAAUUGCACACUUGUAUCCUCCAGGUCCUAGCAACCCUCACUACCAGAAGGCCAUGGAGCGUGAAGCGCAGCGUAAGGGUGCUCCCAUCCAGUCCGCUCCAGCAGAGGCGAUCCCAACCAUUACGUCUCCCGGCGCACAAGCUCUUCAGCAGUCCAAUUCCAACCUGACCUCUGAUCAGCAGCGACGGCAGCAAGCCUCCGUGGCUGCCGCCGGAUUUGCUGAUAAGCUUACUUCCUCUAUGAUGGAGCAGGAGCUGGAUGAUAACGAACCCCCGACUCUCAAGCUCGGAGAUGCCUCUGUUGCCGCCCCCUUUACCAGCAAGUUGGCGAAUGUUAUUGCCAUCCCCAACAUCCUCCGUCAGGGACGCUGCACACUAGUUGCAACCAUUCAGAUGUACAAGAUCCUCGCUUUGAACUGUUUGAUCAGCGCCUACAGUUUGAGUGUUAUCUACUUGGACGGUAUUAAGUUUGGUGAUGGCCAGGUGACCAUCAGCGGUAUGCUGAUGAGUGUCUGCUUCCUCUCUAUCUCUCGCGCGAAGUCUGUCGAAGGACUAUCGAAGGAGCGUCCGCAGCCAAACAUCUUCAAUGUGUAUAUCAUUGGCUCCGUGCUUGGCCAGUUCGCCAUUCACAUUGCCACUUUGAUCUACCUGUCGAACUAUGUAUACAGCAUUGAACCGAGGCAAACCGAUAUUGACUUGGAGGGAGAAUUUGAGCCUUCGCUUCUCAACAGCGCCAUCUACCUCCUGCAGCUCAUCCAGCAGAUCUCGACAUUCUCGAUCAACUAUCAAGGCCGCCCCUUCAGAGAGUCUAUCCGUGAGAACAAGGCCAUGUACUGGGGUCUGGUUGCGGCAUCGGGUGUCGCCUUUUCUUGUGCGACUGAGUUCGUUCCCGAACUAAACGAGAAGCUGCGCCUUGUUCCUUUCAGCACCGAGUUCAAGGCUACGCUGACUGUCCUGAUGAUCUUCGAUUAUGCGGGAUGCUGGCUCAUCGAGAACGUGCUCAAGAGGCUGUUCAGCGAUUUCCGGCCGAAGGAUAUCGCUGUGCGCCGGCCCGAUCAACUCCGGCGGGAGGAGGAACGUAAGCAGAAGGAGGCUAUGGAGCAGCAGGCUCAGUAGGGGAUGAGAAGGGCUUAGAUUUUGUGUUUCAAAGUUCUAAAGCCGGUUAGAGUAGCUGCAUUUCUUGUCUAGAUAUAUAGGUGCUGUUGGUAGAGAGCAAGGCUUGGAUGCCUUGCUAAUGUUGAUGGGUGUCCAUAGAGCAAUUGUACGUUUAGAUUAUCUCUUUCAACAAAUAUCAAGUUAAUCUUUGAGACUUG